UAAAUAUCUAAAUGGAACAUUCCAUUGCACAAAUUUUUCUGAUUUGUAUUGCAUCAAUUUUGUUUGAGUAUUUUUAUUAAAAGCAAAUAAAAUAGGAUUCUUAUUAGAAUCAUUUUAAUCAAGGAAACAAGAAUAUUAAAACAUGGUCCGUAUCUGAAGAGGAGAAACGUCUUCAUCGUGUUUGUAUCGAUCUGAAAACGGGAUGGGGUCCGAACAGUCGUCGGUGCCUCAAAAGAAGCAGACACAGCGGGCCCCGCCUGUGCGGAGAGGGCACACCAUUGCAGUCUCUAAUGUUCCCGAAGCCAGACGCAGCAAUGAGCCAACAGCCAGCGGUAACAACUCACCAGGAGCCAGCGUGUGCUCCGACUCGGAGUUGCCAUACAUAUCGUACACGGUGGACAGGCCUAUAGGAGAUUCCCCCAAGACAUCCACCAAGAGCCGCGAAGUGCGAAAGCAGACGGCGCCGCGUCGCGCGCUAAGUCUACAAGCGCAAAGGAACAAGCGAGCACGCGAUAUAGUGGUCGUAGCGCGAGCGGGCGGUGCGAAGCAGGACGAAGAUACUGCUAGAUUACAAAAGCUCUGCAAACUGCACUAA